GCGCUGAGCUCUCUGCUGUGUCCUCUCUCUUCCUCCGCCACUGGCCUCUUUUUCAUAUUCCUCCCCUCAGCUCUUUUGCUCUUUUAAUCCACGGCUCGCCCUGAGGGUUUCUCUCCUCCCUCGCUGUCUCUCCAGCGCUGUCGUGACUCGCCGGCUGCCACUGCAAAGGGAAGGAGAGAACGGGAGAAAGAGAGGGACGGACCAAUCGAUUCCUCUCAUACAGAAGACACUCGGGCAGAAACGGAGGCGGCGUUUUUUCCUCCGCGUUUUCGACUUUAAAGGGAGAUUUUCUUUGACUUUCAUGGGGGUCUUCCGAGGAAUUUGAUUCACGUCCUUCCCCAGGAGAGAGAGGACGGCUAAUUGAAGGGACAGCUGGUGCAGUUUUGACACAUCAAGGACUUUUUCUUUCCUCUUCAGCAAACAUUUGGGACUUUAGGGAGGAGGACAGCAUUUGAAUGAAGAAGUUAAAUGUUCACCAGAUAAUUUAUCUGCGUUCUGAAUCAUAAUGCUGGACACCAACCAUUGCCUGUCCUAUGAGCCCUCCCCCCCAGGCUCUCCUCCAAUGGGGGAGGACAUGGAGAAGGCAGGACUGACCCUGGAUCAGGACAGACUUGUCUAUCACAGCCUGAAAGAAGGUGGGCGAUCGGGAGCCGCACAUAUCCUCCAGCUCAAACUCCAGCAGAGACGCACACGAGAGGAGCUGGUCAGCCAAGGGAUCAUGCCACCACUGAAGAGCCCGGCAGCCUUUCACGAACAGCGGAGGAGUCUGGAGCGAGCAAGGACCGAGGACUAUCUGAAGAGGAAGAUCCGGAGUCGUCCUGAGCGCUCGGAGCUGGUCAGGAUGCACAUUCUGGAGGAGACGUCUGCAGAGCCUUCCCUGCAGGCCAAGCAGCUGCAGCUGAAGCGAGCACGGCUGGCCGACGACCUCAACGACAAGAUCUCCCACCGGCCCGGACCCAUCGAGCUGGUGCACAAGAACAUCCUGUCUGUGGACCUGCCUGUGCACUCACCUCUGGAUUCUCCAAAGGGUGAGAGCUCCUCUCUGGAUGAAGACAGCUGUGAUGCUCUGUCCCCGGAUCAGCUGACCAAUCACGACUCUCCGCUGAGCGCCGUCCCACAGCUGUCCCCCUCCGACCUUCUCAGCAGCAACGGGGACAUGUCUCCCACACAGUUCAUUACACAGUCCCCCCCCACUCCUUCUCCUCCUCCUCCUCCUCCACCACCACCACCUCCUCCUCCUCUCCAGGUGAAUGGGUCAGACUCCUCCCCUUUCACAAAAGUCACCAAUGGGACGAUGGUGACUUUAACUAACUCCCGCCCUACUGGACAUGUCAAGUCUCAGAACAAGAUGAGUUCAGACCGUCCUCCUCAGAGACCCAAGAAACCAAAGGACAGCAAACCCAAGGUGAAGAAGCUGAAGUACCACCAGUACAUCCCUCCAGACCAGAAGGCAGACAAAGAGCGCCCCCCCCAGAUGGACUCGUCCUACGCCAAGCUCCUCCACCAGCAGCAACUCUUCCUGCAGCUGCAGAUCCUCAACCAGCAGCAGCAGCACUACAACUACCACACCAUCUUGCCCGCGCCCCCCAAGCCUCCUACUGAGCAGCCUCCAACCACAAACUCUGGCCCCUCCCCCUCCCGCAGCGUUUCUACGACGACCAACACCACAUCCAAUCAGAGCGCGGCUUCCCGUCAGAGCCAAUUAGCAGCGGGCGGCGCCAAACCAGGGAGUCUGCCCGCCAACCUGGAUGAGUUCAAGGUCGCCGAGUUGAAACAGGAACUGAAGCUGCGUGGUCUGACCGUCUCCGGCACCAAGAACGAUCUGAUCGAGAGACUCCGCAACUACCAGGAGCAAAACGGAGGCAACGCAGCUGCGCUGAAGAACGGCGUCUCGCAACCACACCAUCAGACCGGGACAUCUGGCACCAUCACACCCUCUCCAAACACAACCUCCACCCCCGACCAUCAUCCAGGAGAGGGCGGGUUUAAGUUGGACCUUUCCUCGCUGGGUCCGGUGAUCCCGGGGCGGGUCAUGAGGUUCGGCAGCACCAGCUCCAGCCCCCCGAUGUCUCCGACCCCCUCUGAGAGGUCACUGGCCGGGAUGAGUCCCGACGAGACGAGCUGCAAUGGAGACAUGUUCGGAGAAAUGGUGAGCUCUCCUCUCACCCAGCUCACCCUGCACCCGUCUCCUCAGCACCCCUCAAAUGUCUCCCCGCUCUCCACGGUCAAAGAGGAGACUCACAGCUCCUGCAGACUCUCCUCCACCUCCACUUCACCUGCAGAGCCUCUAUCUGCUGCAGCCAUGGACACGUCCUCCCUAGAGAAGGACCAGAUGCUGCAGGAGAAGGACAAGCAGAUCGAGGAGCUGACCCGCAUGCUGAGGCAGAAGCAGCGGCUGGUGGAGACGCUGCGGUCGCAGCUGGAGCAGGGGAAGGUGACUGGCGGAGCAGAGACGGGAGGAAGUGACAAAAGCAGACCCGAGGUGAAGCUUCAAACUCUGAUAAAAGCUUCAGCCAUCCAACCCCCAACUCUCCCUAAUGGCGUGGUGGUGAAUGUGAAGAAGGAGCUGGAGCCCGAGGAGGGGAUGGAAGGCGUGACGGAGGGGAAGAAAGCCGCCCAGCCGAUGCAGUGCAGUCAGGAGACGCUGCUCCGGCUGCAGCAGAUCCACCGGCUGCAGAUCCAGCAAGCGGAGCACAAGCACACCCUGCAGCCCAAACAAAAAGCCUGCGAGGCUACGUCCACCUCUCAGAAGCUCCAGCAGCAGAGAAAGGAGGCUCAGCUCCUGCUCCAGCAGCAGCAGCAACUGCAGCAGCUCAUCAUCCAGCAGACGCAGCAGAAGCAGCUCCAGGCGCAGCAGAAGCUAGCACAGCAGCAGAAGCUCAGCCAGCAGAAGUCGGUGCAGCUCAAACAGGUUCCUCACAGCGUGCAGAGGAGCCAGCUGAAGCAGGUCCAGGUGCAGAUCCAGAAGACUGCGGGGACCCAGAGCCAGCAGAGGAAGCAGCUGAGGGCGCAGCAGCGGCAGCAGCAGAGGCAGCAGGCGGCCGCCGUCAGCACGCAGCCGGUGACUCCGGUCUUCGUCAACCAGCAGAACAGCUCUCAGAUACAGACUCAGGCCAUCUCUCUGGACCUGCUGAAGGCCAACGGCACCCCGACGCUGGUCACCGACAGCAACGGAAACCACUACCUGAUCGCUCUGACCAAUCACAGCGCAGAGGGGCAGAACGGAGGGUCCUCAUUGGCCAAACCCAACGGACGCAUCACACUGCAGAGGUUGCAGUCGACUCCGACUAAACUCCCCAGCACUGACAGCCAAUCAAAAGAGCCGCUAGAGCCCGAGCCAAUCAAAAAGGGGCAGAAGGCGGGGCUUCACCUGGACACCAGCGGCUCCCCUCAGCACAGCCUGUCCGUCACAGCCCCCCCCAGCCUGCAGCCGUUCUUCGACGACAUGUCGGACUCUGAAAGCCAAAGCAGCUUGAUCUCCUCCCUGAAGAGAGAGGAGGUGUGUUUGCCGUACGACCGACACACACUUUUCACCCCCCCCUCUCCCAAACACAACUCUUCCCUCUCUUCCAAGCGCUCCAAACAGGAGAACGGCGUCAACAGUCAGCAGAUGGACGACCUGUUCGACAUCCUGCUGAAGAGUGGAGAAAUCCCCGGCUUCAAAGGAAACCCGGACCCUUCCCUCGCCCCUCUGCACUCCGACCCUCCCUCCCCAGUCUCACCUCUGUCUCCCCUCCACCUCUCCCCCCCCACCCCGACAGAGCCCCUCGCCUCCCCCUCCUCAGGCAGCGGGCGCCUGGAGGAUUUCCUGGAGAGCACCACGGGGGCCCCCCUGCUGGGCGUGGAGCCGGACGGUGGCCUGACGCUGAUCGACGACCUGCACAGCCAGAUGCUGAGCACCCCCAGCAUCCUGGACCACCCGCCCUCCCCCAUGGACACGUCAGACCUGGGCUUCUCCCCCCACCCUGCCGGGCUGGACUUCGACAGCAUGGACUGGCUGGACAUCUCCAUGGUGAGAGGAGUAGGGGGAGGAGGAAGCAACGGGGGAGAAGAGACCAGUUUAGCCCCUCUGGUGCCGCACACCCCCCCGAGCGUCUUCUCCACCGACUUCCUGGACAGCUCGGACCUGCAGCUGCACUGGGAGUCGUGCCUGUAGCCCCCGUCUGUACUCCGUGCACAUACAGAAACAUUUUCUAUGCUGUCUCUACCACUGCGGGGGGGCACUGACACAUGCAGUUUGAUGAGGGCGGGUCUAGAAGGGGACUCCUGACGGGGUCCGGUUCGACUCCACAGUCCUGCAGCGGGUCACUGUGAUGCAACGUGCUAAACAUUUGAGCGGUUUAGAUGGGGGGGGGGGGGGGGGGGGGGUUGAGUGUCAGUGCCUCCUAAACUUUGCACUAACGCUGAAUCUGAUUGGUUGUGUUCAAACUGGACUCUGCCCACACUAGUGAAAAAAAACACGGUCAUUAUUUGACUUUUUGAGAGGAAACCAUAUCAGUGGCACCAGUUUCUGAAUUGACGCCCCCCCCCCCCUCCGUGGAGGCUGCGUAUUAUCGGUAACAUUAUGGCAGACCACUAUGUAUUGCUGUAUAUGGGGUGUAUAUUAUCAAUUGUCCAUACGACUUAUUUUUUCUUUGCUGGUUGCUUUAGAAUCGAGCUCGCCGGCUGGGGAUCAUAGGCUGAGGGCGGGGCCUCCAACACUUGGACCUUGUCAUUUUUUAAUGAAAAAACUGUAAAAAAAUAAAUAAACAUACUAUAAAAAACUCA